AUGCGCCUCUUAUCUAUUCUCCUUCAAAAUGGCACGAAACGAAGAGAAAGCUCAAUCGAUGCUCAAUCGAUUCAUAGCAUUAAAAUCCGAAGAAAAAAGAAACCUAAAGAACGCCGCCCUUACCUAGCCUCCGAAUGCCGCGACCUCGCCGAAGCCGACAAGUGGCGUCAGCAAAUCAUGCGCGAAAUCGGCCGCAAAGUCGCCGAGAUUCAAAACGAAGGUCUUGGCGAACACCUCCUUCGCGAUUUAAACGAUGAAAUCAACAAGCUAAUUCGCGAGAAAUCGCAUUGGGAACGGCGUAUUGUGGAGCUUGGUGGUCCUAAUUAUGCUAAACAUUCUGCUAAAAUGACGGAUUUGGAAGGAAAUAUUAUUGAUGUGCCUAACCCUAGCGGGCGUGGGCCUGGUUAUAGGUAUUUUGGUGCGGCGAAGAAGUUGCCAGGAGUUAGGGAGUUGUUUGAGAAGCCGCCGGAAUUGAGAAAAAGGCGGACGAGGUAUGAUAUUUAUAAGAGGAUUGAUGCUAGUUAUUAUGGGUAUAGGGAUGAGGAGGAUGGGGUUUUGGAGAAGGUUGAAGGUCCUGCGGAGGGAGAGAUGAGAAUGCGUGCGGUGGAGGAGUGGAGGAGGAUGGAGGCAAUAAGGAAGGAAGCGAGGAAGGGUGCGAAGGAAGUUGUGAGUGUUGGGGCUGGGGCAGAGGUUUUGUUUGAAGAGGAGGAGGAUGUGGUGGAGGAAGAGAGGAAGAGGGAGAGGGAGAUUGAGGAGAUUGAGAGGAAGGAAAAGGAGAGGGAGUUUGUUGCACAUGUUCCGUUGCCGGAUGAGAAGGAGAUUGAGAGGAUGGUUUUGGAGAAGAAGAAAAUGGAGUUGUUGAGUAAGUAUGCAAGUGAUUCAUUGAUGGAGGAGCAGACUGAAGCUAAGGUUAUGCUUAAUAUUCAGCGCUAG